GGAAUUUAUUAAAAAAUAUGUUGAAGCGUUUAAACCACUCUUUGCUUGCACUAAGAAAAUGCAGACAGCACAUGUUUCAUUUUCGGAUUUUUAUAUUGAAUGGUUGAUGACCAUUAAUGAAGUCAUGAAAUUGAACAACAACCCGUUCACUCCAAUGCUGACGGAAGCUUUAACAGCUCGGUUGUUUAAUUUGCGGACAUCAAUGGCAUUUAAAACGUCUUUGUACAUUGAUCCCCGCUUCAACUAUUUGAAUUCUACACUAUUCAAUCCAGAUGAUAAACAGGAAAUUCAGAACUAUAUAAUAGGCACCUGGAAACGAAUAAGCCAUCUCAAACCUAUCGCUCAACAGCAUGAUACAACCGAAAAAAAUAUUGGUUCUGAUAUUGAUGAGUUUGAUUUAUUUCUAACAGAAAUGUUUGGGGGCACGGUAACGCAUGGUACAGAUACUGACUCGUUUGUUCAGCAGAUAAAAGCAUUAGAUAUUCAACCACGUCAAAAUCACGGUUACAAUGUCUGGCAACAUUGGAUCGACCGGAAAGACUCGCAUCCGGAGCUAUAUUCGGUAGCGAUGGUUGUACUAGCCGUACCGUCUAACCAAGUGAGUGUCGAAAGAGCAUUCAGCGCGUUGGGACUUAUUCUCACAAAUCUUCGUACUGGACUGGGGGAUGAUACACUAGCUAAUAUACUGAUGAUCAAACUAAACAAAAAAUUAUUCGAGCAAACUAUUCCAACACUUUAUGUUUGGAAUACAAGUGUAUCCGAUCCAUGUUAG